AUGCAAUUGAAAACAAAAAGUGUCGACGAUGAGGAUCGUCCAGAAUCUCCAAGCGGCAGUCUGCUGUUAACAAAUAGUAAAAAGGUGCCUCCUGUAAGAAAUGGUCUUCGGAGAACGUCCGGAGAAAUUUCCACGAUACACGAAGGCCAUAUCCAAUCUUAUCAGAACAAUGUCAGCAAAGCCACAUUAGACCUAUUCAAUGCUAGCAAUAAUAACACUUAA